UGACAACCCUGUGCCUCUGAUAACGCCGAAAAAGCGGCAUAAAAGAGAAUUGAGAAAUGCAGGCGCGUCGCUUCGAUUGACACACAAACGCAUUAGAAAACGUGCAACGUGUUAGUGUUUGGUUUCUUUUUUACAGAUAGCGGUGGUCGGAGAUCGCUUAUCUCCCAUAACAUAUAAAGUACGCUAAAAUGGCGAUGACUGUUGCAGGUUCAAAGUACCCGGUUCCCAAAGCACUGACGACUGUUGCUUCAGAAAGCAACGUUGACCCUGACGAGGAGGAGGAAGAUGAGGAUUCUGCUGAAACAGGGUCCACAACAUCGUUCAGUCUGCAGGAGUGCAUAAACGAGUUUCGUGCCCGUCGUAUUAGACGUGUUUCAACUCAAAGCCGCGACCAGGCCAUGCCCGCGCCUAGCGAGAAAUGUGAGCACGCUCCUGUAAGCACAUCUGCUGAUGCGGAUUUAAUUCAACAAAAUCGUUGUAACAAGGCACAGGAGCGUAAGAGUAAGCCCUGUAAGAAUGGGUUUUGCUAUUGCUUCAACAGCGACAGCGGCGACUGUGCAUCUAUAGCGCCGACACGUGAGUCACACGUGCGUCAACAGCGACGUAGCAGGCGCUCUGAAAGCAGUAAGACUAUGAACGCACAGCCACCUGAGCCACAGCAACCAAACAACUUAGACAGGCAACAAAAACAUCGUCGUCAGUCAGUCCCGCCGAAUGUAAAGUUGAGCACCAGUAGGAAAAGUCCUUUGACGGCUGUCAGCAGUUUAUGUGCAGUUGAAGAAGAUGCUCCCCUUAUACACAUAAUACAGGAGUUGCGGGACAAUUGUGUCAUCUCUGAAGUGCGUGUGAACAAGCAGAAGCUGCAGUCCACUGCAUCCCCCACCAAGCAGUUGUCCAAGAACAUAAUGCCGUUGGAGAACACUGCAUACAAGCCCACAGCGCCGGCAUUAUCGAUCAUCAGCGAGCAGGAGACAGAGCCGGAAAAGGAGGAUACUCAAGCAGAACACACGGAUCGGACGGAGAACACUGGUAGCAUUAAAUCUACUUCGUCAGCUCGACAUAGCAGUGUCAAACGUACGCGUCGAAGCAGCGCCGCCGGACGAUUGUUGCAGAAGCGACUCUCCCAUGGUCAAGUCAAUUUUAAGCCGCGUGAUGUGGCGCAUCCGCCCCCAAAACCACCACGACGCAGUGCGCAGAGUCUCGAUGGUAAAUUCUCGUUAUCAUCGUUGAGCUCAACAACGCCAUCUGUUCGCGAGGCUGAACGUGUAGUGGAUGAGUUCCUAAGCAAGCAUGGGGUCCAUGUUCCCUCGGCUAGCAAAGACGUAGAGAAUUACAAAAGCAACAAAAGUAGAAGUAGCACUCGCAAAUCCUAUCCACUGUCCGAAUUAGAACGGAAAUCGCAUCGGAGGUUACUGCCGACCUGCCCAUCGUUGAGCGAUAUUGAGCGUACUGUGGAAUCUAAACGGGGCGUGCACUAUGCUAAAAACAUUCACUCGGCGAGCCAAUUACAUAGAAAAAAUGCUGUCGCCGAUAAACCUAUGAAGGAGAUUAUGCUGGGCUGGACCGAGCCAAAAAUAAAUGAUAUGUUAAAUUACGAUGAAAAUGCGAACAACAAUGACAAGCAGCAAAAAUUCAAAACCAGUGCACCAGAACCGGCGCCACAAAGUGCAGUUGGGUGGCAAGUACCGCACAAAAUUUCUCUCGACACCGUUGAUGGUCCGAUGAGUGAGAAUCUCGCUGUCAAUAUGGAGCAGAAACACACCCCAAUUAAAUAUCCACGAGCCAAUAAAGCAACAAAUCAAAAAUUUGUUUGGGGCGAGCAGUGGCGUACUCUAUCGCCUUGGAAUGGAAAGAAGCGCGGUCAGAAGUCCAUCAGUCUGCGAAAAAAGUCCAAGAGCUUUAUCAAUAAUUCAAAAAAUAGAAUUCUACGGUUUGUCUCGCCAAAAAAAACGAAUCAGCAGCCGGUCAAAGUUAAUACUAGACUUUGUACCGUGGGCGUGCAAACAUCACACUUAGACCUGCAUACUCUUUCGUCACAAUCUCCGCCAGGAAGCUACCACUCGCCAGUGCAAUCAUGUGUCCAGCACACGUUAACUACAAACUCUUCAGCAACUACUGUCGCCACGACGCCGCAUCUUGAAAAACUCGGGAAUUCUCAUCAACCAUAUUUCGAUUUCGAGCGCACGGUUAAGCCACCAACCCCUCCCAAAAAGGUGCAGCGUGCCCAACGUGGCCGCAAGCUUGAGUUUAAUGCUGAUUGCAGUGUUCCACCCACCACCUAUCGCUCCUACCACAAGGAUCUCGAUCAGGACGUGAGCAUCAAUAAAAUGGGCUAUGUACUGAGUAGUAUCCGUGCCAAAUUGGAGGCUAGCGAUGAACGUGCCUUUAGAACGUUUAGGGAAUGCUCCCGUUUUUCGCCCUUGGAGUGCACUCAGGGAAAUGAUGAAGGUUUUGAUUGUCCUGAUAGUCAUCGAACAGCGGCAUUGUCGUCACGGAAGAUUCACGAGCAAGAGCAUGAACCCAUUUACUCGGAAAUCGAAGAAGACUGCUUGCACAUACGCGGUAGUCCACAUUAUGAGAGCAGAACGGCGGCACGAUUUGAUGUGAUCCCAACGCCCACGAACACAGUAUCGACAGUCAUGGUGUCUCGUCUGCCAAAUCCAACUGCCUCGGCACAGACAGUUCAAGAUCUUGGAGCGCUCUAUGCUAAGGUUCAAAAACCUUUAAAGACACAUACACAAACUACAACCAUGGCCACACCCACGCCAUUGGGCCAAUUUCUGCAUGAAUCACUAAAGAAUGGCAGCUUCUUUCAAUUUACCCCGCUACCAGCUGAGCCAGAAACCGCAUCCUCGUAUAGUGCGUCCAUAUUGCCUACAACGCCAUCACCAUUGACGCCACAGACUCACGGGUUUUCACCACGAUAUCGACAGCCCUCCAAGCAUCAGUCUCUUAAUAACAUACACGAACAACACUCGCCGCCAAAGCAAAAUCGGAACAUUUCAAAGUCCGAGUUAUCAUUGCAACGUUCUGAAAUCUUUUUGGAGAACUUGUGCCGCAGUGAGCUCGUUUUGGAUCAGGACAACAAUGCACGUUUAGAAAAGGUGGAAAAUACCCCAAUGAGAGCAAAAUCCACGGCUGAGGAUAGCGUUUCCUAUGACUUGCCGCACGAAUUCUCAGAUGAACUCUAUCAUGAUUUUAUUGGCAAUGAUAGCUGUUAUACCGCCCCUAGACAGAGUCAGUACAGCUCAACACACAUAGAGCCACUGGCUUCGGAGAAUCAGAGCACGCCGAAAAAACACAGUCCGCGCUUUACAACUAAGUCCAUUUUUCAGCCAACGCGUGCACUAAGUCUUGAAAUUGCCGAUCAUCUUGCUGGGUCUCAUUCGGUCAAUGUAAGCAUCAGUUGUCCGACAACACCGCAACAAGCCAAGCCUGUUUACGUAUCUGAAGCCAUGCCCGUGACUCGCAGUCUGGGCGAGUUGACGCCAGCAGCUGUCCACUCAGAGAGUCAAGUGUUGUCGAUAAGCGCUAUGGCCCGGUAUCGUCUGCUCAAGAACGCUUUACGGCGCUCCUAUCGUAAAGGCAAAGACUUCUUUCGAGCUGAGAAGCAGCGACUGGCGCAAAGUUUCAACUUGCCACGGGAUCAAUGCAAUCAGACUGAAGGCGGGGAGCUGGACAACAGUACUUCUAGUCAGUAUGCCAGCUUUAAUUUGGAUACCCUGAUGAAUGAUUCCCUGUCGACAAAUGAGCAACUGGCACAGGCUGUGAACAUAUGCCGUCAAAUGCCCGAGUUGGAAAUUUCACCCGAAAUGGUCGAGGCGGAACGGUUGCUUUUAUUUUCUACGUUGCGGCAGAACGUUCAGCCUCUCCGGGAGGACGUGAUGGCCUCGCAAAGACAACCACAGUGCUUUCUCAUUGAUGCCAUGGUCUUGCCCGUGAAAGCAGAUGGCAGUCAGGAUAUGUUCUUCAAUUACUACUAUAUCUGCACGUUCGAGUGCGAGGGCCGCAUCACUUCUACUCAAUCAGUUGAAUGCCAAAAUGGUGAGGCUGUAUUUCGUGACUGUGGCAUAGAAUUCUACAGUAGAUUAGAGGCCGAAGCGCUGGAGCUGCGAUGCCAAAUUUUUAUGCUGCGCUUGCGUAAAGUUUCCACAUUAUCGUUGGAGCCCCAAAAGUCAGUGACGAAACGCGGUAGCCUGGGCUCGGCCGGCAGCUCCAACAGCAGCACUUCUGGCUGCGAUCAAAUUGUCUCGCGCUUUCGUCUACACGCCUCUUUCACCCUGCGCGCCUCUGACAUGAUACCCUAUCAGGUGGUGACGAGCGAAACCCAGCAAAGCUCCCAAAUAUGCUUACGCACCUCACAUUCCUGGCGGCUGCCGAUCAUUGUGCACACGAAGUCCACGAAUUUGGCACCUCAAAUAACGCUCACAGGCCGCGCGGAGCUGCGAUUGCCAAAGCUACAGUAUGCAGGAUAUUUAAAUGUGCAGGACACCAAGAAUAAGCACAACUGGAACCGACGUUGGUGCACGUUGCUGGGUCUGCAGAUGGACGUGUGGCAAUAUGAGGAAAAUCUAACCGAACAGCCUCCACUGCUAGCCCUAGGAUUGCAGAACUGUCCGUUUGAAGAGCUAAAAGUGGCCCCACGUGAGUUGUGUGCGCGGGCACGUAGCUUUAUGAUACAGUGCGAUGAAUCAGAUAUAUAUUAUUUUGCUACUGAUACCCAAUCGGAACUUAAUGAAUGGUUACUGCAUCUGAAUGAGGCCCUGGAAAUUGUGAAACGUUGGCUACGUGCCUGAGGUUGGUGUCUAGUGUUUUGCGUUCAAAAUUUUAAUUCAUAAUUAUGUUAUAGUAGUUUUGUUUUCUGUACACAUAGAUAUAUUUAUGUAGUAAUUAUGUUUGGGUACAAUUAUUAAAUGUAUAUUUCUUUAA